UUUGACGCAGGCGCUCCAGCUUCCUCCACAGUCAACAGCAACAGCGGAAACAAAAUCUCAACAUGGCCCCCAAACUUGAACUUCCAACCGCUGCAGCGAUCGUCUGGCUGAUCUUUCUCUCUCUCAUCCACCCGGCGGAGGCUUACGACGCGGGCGACGCUUUAGCCCUGCUCGUGGGCACCGUCCUGACCGUGGUGGGUUUCUGCGCCUGCCUGGGCUGGUACGCACGGAGGCGGAACGGACAGCUGUGAUGAGAGAGGCUCCUACGAUCGUGCGCCGGUCCUGUCCUGUUACCAUCCACCGCAUUAAUACCUCCCUGUGUGAUCUCCUACGGACCUUCUGACACAAGGUUUGUGUCGAAGCGACUGAUAAGAAACGUGCCUUAAUGGAAUUAAUGCGUCGAGAUCAACGGGAACCACGUGAACUGUUGGAGAAGCUGGAGGGAAACAACCAGGAACUGUAUUUUGUUGCACUGCUGAGAUUAAGGACCAAACACUGUUGCCUUCUAUAGGAAAAGACUGCUGCAGUUUCUUUUUAUUCUCCAAAGGAUGCUUGCAUUGCUUACUGCGUAUAUAUUCCAUGCUUGAGGUGAUCACUGUGAUUUCCUGGUGUGUUUAUUAUUAUUUGCAAUGUACAACACAACAUUGCCACUGUUUGAAGCACAAAAUCACAAGUGCAGUUAAAUGACAAGAGUGGAGCUGCUGUUCUUUGCAAUUUGUGUUAAUGAGACGUGACUAUAGCUUUGCUAAGAAUAAAUUGAUUUGUCUGUUGCUCUUCAUAACUCAUGGUCACGGGAGUUGAACGAUGAGCUGUAUAAUCCCAUUUCCUGCUCAUUCAUUUACAAAGUGUGGAUCGUCAUCUUAGGGCAGUCAUGCCUUUUCUAUGCAGUCUGACACAUGUGAUGUACUCUGUUACAAGUUAAAUUCCUGCAUUCAAAAUCCUACAUAACAAAAUACAGCAAUAUAGUUAAAGAAUCAAAAAUAAAAGUGCUUGUUCUGCA